CGUUCGACAAUCUGCGACGGCACACAAAAUUCCGAGGACCAACCUGAUGCGUUAUAUUGCAGCAUUUGAUAGUGCGAGCAUCGACGUUACUACUGCCAAUGCCGAUGCAAUAAAGAAUUUGCUGGCUGAAAGCACGACGAUGGGCACAAAAACAAUCUUCAACAUCGAACAAGAGAAGGCGCUGAUAAGCUACAUUCUCCAGGCCAGCAACAUCAACUAUGGAAUUAGUUUGAUGGAGCUUCGUAAGCUCGCGUAUGAAUUUGCUCGGAAAGUUGGCGCGUCGUAUCCGGAUCCAUGGAACGACAAUCAAAAUUUGUCACUGCGAACACCAGAGCAAGUAAGCCAGAGCCGUGCGAAGCGAUUCAACAAAGAGAAUGUCGAUGCAUUCUUUGCCAAUCUUUCAUCCGUUCUCGGUAAGACGCCGUUGGAACCUCACCGAAUAUGGAACAUGGAUGAAACCGGGUGCCCGACCGUGCCAACCAGACCUGUCAAAACCAUCGCGCGCAAAGGACAAAAGCAGGUCGGCUCAUCAACAUCUGCCGGAAAAGGCACCAAUGUGUCUUUGGCUUUGGCCGUCAGCGCUAGUGGCCAGUCUAUACCGCCAUUCUUCCUCUUUCCCCGAGUCAACAUGAAAGAGAUUUUUAUGACUCAUGCGAGUCAUGGCGCUGUUGGUGUUGCGAACGGUUCUGGUUACAUGAACUCUGACGUAUUCCCUCAAUUCAUGCGUCAUUUCAUCAAGCACACCGGUGCUAAUGCCGAUUCGGCAACCAUGUUGCUGCUGGACAACCACGGUUCGCAUUUAUCGAUCGAGGCGAUAGAUUUGGCGUUGGAUCAUGGCAUCACGUUGCUGUCUUUUCCGCCGAAAUGCACGCACAAAAUGCAGCCGCUAGAUGUUGCGGUAUUUGCACCAUUUAAAGGCAUGAUGACCGUGAAGCAUGAUGCAUAG